GUCGACUCAUCCUCCAACCACUUAUCUUUACCCCGUACGAUCAUGCAGAUCUUUGUUAAGACCCUUACUGGCAAGACUAUCACCCUCGAGGUGGAGUCUUCUGACACCAUCGACAACGUGAAGGCUAAGAUCCAGGAUAAGGAGGGAAUCCCCCCUGACCAGCAGCGACUCAUCUUUGCUGGGAAACAGCUUGAGGAUGGCCGCACGUUGUCCGACUACAACAUCCAGAAGGAGUCGACUCUCCACCUCGUCUUACGUCUCCGUGGCGGCAUGCAAAUUUUCGUUAAGACCCUCACGGGCAAGACGAUCACUUUGGAGGUCGAGUCCUCGGACACGAUUGACAACGUGAAAGCGAAAAUCCAAGACAAGGAGGGUAUUCCCCCCGAUCAGCAGCGCCUCAUCUUUGCCGGCAAGCAGCUUGAGGAUGGCCGUACACUUUCGGAUUAUAACAUCCAGAAGGAGUCUACGCUUCACCUUGUCCUUCGUCUCCGUGGAGGCAUGCAGAUCUUCGUCAAGACGCUUACGGGCAAGACGAUCACUUUGGAGGUCGAGUCUUCGGACACGAUUGACAACGUGAAAGCGAAGAUUCAGGACAAGGAGGGUAUUCCCCCCGAUCAGCAGCGCCUCAUCUUUGCCGGCAAGCAGCUUGAGGACGGCCGAACCCUCUCGGAUUACAACAUCCAGAAGGAGUCCACGCUUCACCUUGUUCUCCGUCUUCGUGGGGGUAUGCAGAUCUUCGUCAAGACCUUGACUGGGAAGACGAUCACUCUCGAGGUCGAGUCGUCCGAUACGAUCGACAACGUGAAGGCGAAGAUCCAGGAUAAGGAGGGUAUCCCGCCUGAUCAGCAGCGUCUGAUUUUUGCGGGCAAGCAGCUUGAGGAUGGACGUACUCUUUCAGACUACAACAUUCAGAAGGAGUCUACUCUUCACCUUGUCCUCCGUCUCCGUGGUGGUCAGUAGACGCUUCGCUGGCGAGCUCUCGACGUUGCAUAUUUGUACUUCUCUUUGGCGUGACGCCUCUACUAGUACUGUAUCAUAGGUCUCUUCAUCAAUAUCGGAUUAUAACAUGG